AUGCCGCAGGCAAAGACUGCGGAGGCAUGGCACGAGCCGUUGAAGCCGGACCUGGUCUCGGGGCAGAAGUGGGUCCACGAGGGCCAGGCGCGCCACCGUGAACAGCGGGCGCAGGGCGACGAGGCGCAGGGCGGGAAGUGGGGCGAGCGGCGGGGCGAGGCGCAGGACGAGCGGGACGAGCAGUGGGGCGAGGCGCAGGGCGAGAAGUGGGACGAGCAGCAGGCGAGGCGCAGGACGAGAAGUGGGACGAGCAGUGGGGCGCAGCAGGCCGAGAAGCAGAAAUGGCCCGCGGACGAGAAGGAGCAGCGGCUCAGCUGGAGGUGGGGCGAGGAGCAUCAGGCGCAGAGGCAGAAAUGGCCCGCGGACGGAUUGAAGCGGGAUCAGCAGUGGCUCCGCUCGGGGAGGGAUCGAGAGCAGCAGGCGCAGGGGUCCGUGCACAAGGCCCAGUACUACGCCUGCGACGCAGAAGCAAGCAUAUGGCAAGCCAGGCCGCCAACUUUGAAUGCGUUCGAGUGGCAGCGCCGGCGUCAGGAGCAGAAGAGGCAGAGGCAGCAGCGCGGUGGCAGGUUCAAGGAUUGGCAACAUGCCAAGCAUGCCGCGGACAGACAAGGAUGGCUGGCUCAGUUCUUGACAGAGAUCCCCGACCCGCGGAGGCGCAUCUAG